GCUGAAUGAAGUUUUCUGGGUAAUGGCUUGAAAUGUUUUCCUUAUGAGAAGUGGUGUUGAGUUACAGCGUGCAGGCUGAAAACUGGGAGGAGAGAAGCCACAGCCCCAGCCCGGCCCCCACCUUUUCUUGGGCUUGUAGGAAGGUGGACAUGGGCUCCCGGAGACAAGACGAGUGAUAUGCUGAACUGUCUGGCAGCUGGGAUCCACGGCUCCCAGAGUGACCCAAGGACAGUGUUCAGCAGGGCUUAGCCAGGGGCCAGCCCAGCACGCACAGAUGCUCCGCUGUGAAAUGCCACGCAGGCAGAGACUGACAAGCGGUAGGAGCUGAGCUUUCCCCUCGGACUGCUGUUUCCUGCUGAGUUCAGGGGCGGGGGGGCGCUUUCUGGCAAUUCGGCUGCUGCUGCGGCUGCUGCUGCUACUUCAGCUCCCUCUGCACUCAAGGUAAGCAGGCUCAAAGGGAGGGCAGGCUGCAAGGGGAGCCUUUGUACCAUGAACAAGAUCCGAAAGUUUUUCCGAGGAAGUGGGCGAGUCCUGGCAUUUAUAUUUGCAGCUUCUGUCAUCUGGCUGCUCUUUGACAUGGCAGCUCUCCGCCUCUCAUUCAGUGAGAUCAACGCUAGGGUCCUGAAGGAGGACAUCGUCAGAAGGGAGAGGAUAGCGUUCAGAGUUCAGCCAGACCAGAUGAAGAUCCUUUACAGCAGCAUAAAAGAGGUGAAGCCCCCACUAAGGGGCCACGGCAAGGGCAUAUGGGGCAGAGAGAACUUGAGAAAGGCUGAGGAACGUGUGCUCAAGAAUGAAGAUGAUUUGGACCAAACCCAGAGGGAAAGAAAUAUGCAGAAAGGGCCAGGACAUGCCAAAAUUGCACCUUUGUGGCACCCUGCACAUCUGCAGACCCUCCUGGCGGCUUUUACCAAGCCGAGGACAGAGGAACAUGACAUCAAACCUAAAGCCUAUUCUCGCUCUGUGACCCCAAAGCACACGACAGCUCAGGGGGCCUGGAAAACCACAUUCAUGGCAGCAAGAGGAACUUCAUUGCCCACAAUAUCUGUACACACAGGACCUGUUGGUAUAAACCAGGAGGCCCAGAAGACACAUAGUCACAGCAGUGACACAUCGAAACAAGCAGCUGAAAGGAACCUGAAUGUGACCAUCAGGCUUAAUAGUGACAGAUCAAAGCAGCAAUCACAGGCAGCAGCAAAUGAGAGGACACUCCCUGCCAGCCCACCAGUGCCAAAACCUAGGGAAGCCUUAAAUAAAUUUGAGUCCCAGAGCAAAGAACUAAAUGCAUAUAAACACAAAGCCAAAGAGAACCCGCCCUUUCCCAAGUUCAUUGCCAACUCAGAUAGCUUAAAGAAACAAUCUAUUAAUGAGACACAGCUGGGAGGCUUGCCAAAAGAUGAUGGAGCCAAAGUGGCUGGUGGGAAGAAACUCAGUUUCUCUGAAAGCCAUGUUGUGAUGCUAACCAAGGAAGAGGGCCUAAAGACAAACACCAAACGGGUCCCUAAUCCUAAACCCAAAACUAUAUUUCCUUUAGUAUUGGGUGAGAGCCAAGGGAAACGCAUUUCCAGAAAUAGAAGUGAGGCAUCUUUCUCUCCACUUGCCCCGCAGAGAGCAACAAUGUCUCAAACCAGUUUAGCCUUAGCUGGGGGGCUAAAGCCAGCAAGAAUCAGCUUCACUGCCAAGGCCCAGCAUGAAGAACUCAGCCAAAGGCGCACAAAAGCCCUUUCACCUGAAGACCGUGAAAUGCACCAGGUAUUAAGCAUCGAUAUGACACUUUCUCCAAGGGACCCCAAAGCUCCAGGACAGUUUGGACGUCCUGUGGUUGUUCCCCAGGGAAAAGAGAAGGAGGCAGAAAGAAGAUGGAAAGAAGGAAACUUCAAUGUCUACCUCAGCGAUUUGAUCCCAGUGGACAGAGCCAUUGAAGACACAAGACCCGUUGGGUGUGCAAAGCAGCUAGUUCACAAUAACCUCCCAACAACCAGUAUCAUCAUGUGCUUUGUGGAUGAAGUGUGGUCCACUCUGCUGAGGUCUGUUCAUAGUGUCCUCAAUCGCUCUCCUCCGCAUCUCAUCAAGGAGAUUCUGCUGGUGGAUGACUUUAGCACUAAAGAUUACCUAAAAGAUAAUUUGGAUAAAUACAUGUCUCAGUUUCCAAAAGUUCGGAUUCUUCACCUCAAAGAGAGACACGGCUUAAUAAGAGCCAGACUGGCAGGGGCACAGAGUGCAACAGGUGAUGUGUUGACAUUCUUAGAUUCUCACGUCGAAUGUAACAUUGGUUGGUUGGAACCUCUUCUGGAAAGAGUUUAUUUAAGUAGAAAGAAAGUAGCCUGUCCAGUAAUUGAAGUCAUCAAUGAUAAGGAUAUGAGUUACAUGACAGUGGACAACUUUCAAAGAGGCAUCUUUGUGUGGCCCAUGAACUUCGGUUGGAGAACAAUUCCUCCGGAUGUUGUUGCGAAAAACAAAAUUAAAGAAACUGAUAUAAUAAGGUGCCCUGUCAUGGCAGGUGGAUUAUUUUCUAUUGAUAAAAAUUACUUUUUUGAACUUGGAACAUAUGAUCCUGGGCUUGAUGUUUGGGGUGGAGAAAAUAUGGAGCUGUCAUUCAAGGUGUGGAUGUGUGGUGGUGAAAUAGAGAUCAUUCCCUGUUCCAGAGUGGGCCACAUAUUCAGAAACGACAACCCGUAUUCCUUCCCCAAAGACCGCAUGAAGACCGUGGAGCGGAACUUGGUGCGGGUUGCUGAGGUCUGGCUUGACGAGUACAAGGAGCUGUUCUAUGGCCACGGGGACCACCUCAUAGACCAAGGGCUAGAUGUCGGGAACCUCACCCAACAACGAGAACUUCGAAAGAAACUAAAAUGCAAAAGUUUCAAGUGGUACUUGGAGAAUGUAUUUCCUGAUUUGAAGGCUCCCAUUGUGAGGGCUAGUGGUGUGCUUAUUAACGUGGCCUUGGGUAAAUGCAUUUCCAUUGAAAACACCACAGCCGUUCUGGAAGACUGUGACGGGAGCAGCAAGCUUCAACAGUUUAAUUACACCUGGUUAAGACUUAUUAAACACGAAGAAUGGUGCUUGGCUCCAGUCCCUGAUAAGGGAGCCCUGAGGCUGCACCCUUGUGAUAACAGAAACAAAGGGCUGAAAUGGCUACAUAAAUCAACAUCAGUCUUUCAUUCAGAACUGGUGAAUCACAUUGUCUUUGGAAACUAUCAUCAGUUGUUAUGCUUGGAAGGAAAUUCUUCUCAGAAGACCCUGAAAGUUGCUGCUUGUGACCCAAAGGAGCCAUAUCAGAAGUGGAAAUUUGAAAAUUAUUUUGAAGAUUGAAAAGGAGCUGAUGUUUUUAUCUAGUGAACCCAUUAUACACUGUGAAAAUGACAGUGAA